AUGCGCCGACGGAAGCGCCUGGAGGAGCGCGUGCUCGCGGAGGCGGCGCGGUCGCCGCCGUCGAAGAAGUACCUUCGACGGCUGAAGUACCUCGGGGGAGACGAGGGACAUCGCGAUGGCGACGGCGACGGCGACGAGACGACGACCGCCGCCGAAAAACGAGCGCGAACGUCGGCGCCGCCUUCGAAGCCGCCGCGCUCGACCCCGCCACUCUCGACGUCCGGGCGAGGGACGACGCGCAUCGAGCCGGUGUCGUACGGCGCGCUCGCGGCGUUAGACGAGGGCAUGGCGAGGAACGUCAAGGCGAACCGGAAGCGCGCCAGGGACGCGCAGACGCUGUUGAAGCGAGCGGUCAACCUCAAGCAGAGCGACGAGGAGCGAUUGAAAUUCUUCAACCGCCUCGUGAAGGACUUUGGGAACGACAAGCAGCUCGGAUUCGCGGAGGAGGCGUUUCGACGCAUCGCGGAGGGGCCGCGGAAGUUGAGACCGAACGUGUACUCGUACACGAACCUUCUGAACGCGUGCGUGCGCGUGGGCGAGCUCCAGCGCGCGCGGGAUCUCUUCGAGCGCAUGAAAAAAGACGACGCCGCGACGCCGAACGAGGUGACGUACACCGUGCUCGUGAAAGGCCUCGCGCAGGAGGGUUUACUCGACGAGGCCGCGGACGUGAUCGAGUGCGACAUGCCGCGCGCGGGGGUGACGCCCAACGUUCGGACGUUCAGCACGUUGUUACGGAAUUGCGUCCGACACGCGGACGCGUCGGCGGCGCGGCGGUGUUUCCAGACGAUGCGCGACUCCGACGUCGCCCCGGACGCGGCGUCGUUCGAUUACCUCGUCAAGACGAGGUGCGCGGCGAACGACAUCGCGGGCGCGUGGGCGGCGCUCGAGGAGCUCGAAGCGCAGGGGUUAGAUCCGUCGCCGCAGACGCACGCGGCGUUGGCGACGGCGUCGAGCCUGCGGUGCGACCUUCUGGUGAAGUACGACGGCGAGGAGUUAAACGGAGGCGACCUCGCGAGGCGCGCGUGCGACGCCGCGCGACGCGCCGUGGACGCGAACGGCGCGGGGACGGUCGAGGGACAACGCGAAGAGAAUAAUAGUGGCAUUGCCAUCACAGGCGGCAGCGUCGGCGUCGGCGUCGGGGGCUACGGCAGCGACAGCGACGCGCCGGCGGCGGCGCCGGACGACGACGACGCGGCGAAGACGAAGACGCCGCCGUCGUCGGCGCCGACCGCCGCCGUCGACGCCAGCAAGAGCGUGCGGCAGUUUCUUCGUCUGCGGAACAGCGACGCGCUGCGGCAAGUCGCGGACGCGGAGGCGUUCCUCGCUAAGGGAGACGACGUCCUGCGCGCCGUCGCGAGGGAUAUCGCCGACGGGAUGCGCGCGGAGAGAGGCCGCGUCCGCGUUCACGACGGCCCCGGCGCCGAGCUGCGCCUCGGCGUCGACGCGUUUGACGACGCGUCGCUGCCGGUCCGCGUAGAGGUGUGUUCCGGGCACGGCGACUGGGUCACGUCGCGCGCGGCGGCGGACGCGACGCGACGCAACUGGCUCGCGAUCGAGAUGCGGAAGAACCGUGUCGCGAUGACGUGGCACAAGGCGAUUCGCCGGCGGCUGACGAACCUGGCGCUGCUUCGAGGGACGGCGCACGAGACGCUUUCGACGAGGGUGCCGGCGGAUCGCGUCGAGGAGAUUCACGUCAACUACCCGGACCCGCCGGAGUGGGUCGGGUCGUCGCAGUGCCUCGUCGACCGCGCGUUUCUCGAGGCGUGUCACCGCGCGCUGAAGAAGGACGGGACGGGGCACGUCACGUUCGUCACGGAUGAUCCGACGUACGCGAUGCGCAUGUGUCGCGAGCUGUCCGUCGCCGCGGGGAUGUUCGCGCCCACGGAGGAGGGUGGCGCGCGGCCGUUUCGCGCGGGCGUGCCGGAAGAUUACGGCGGGUCGUACUUUGACGCGAUGUGGACGAACGGGAACCUCCGGGAUCGGUAUUACAUCCGGUACCGAGCGCUGUAG